UGAUUUUUGAAUUUGUUUUUUUUAUUAGAGGUGGUGGAGAAUUAAAAGCUAUGUUCUGAAGGGUGUCUUUAUUAAUACCAGAGCCAGUCUUGCUUCUUAGCUAAUUGUCAAGUUGUUUUCUUUCUUAGUUACUUGACAUCUAAGUAACAAAGGAGAUGAAUAGUGGUUCUUGUUCUUCUUUAAUGGAGGUGGGUUAUGAUCAUCAUCAUCAUGGUCAUGAGGAGCUUCAUGUUUUGGCCGUGGAUGAUAAUCUUAUUGACCGUAAACUUGUAGAGAAGUUGCUCAAGAUCUCCUCUUGCAAAGUUACAACAGCAGAGAAUGCGAUUAGAGCAUUGGAGUAUUUGGGUUUAGGAGAUCAAAAUCAGCAUAUUGAUGCACUAACCAAUAAUAAUUUGAAGGUGAAUCUAAUCAUCACAGACUAUUGCAUGCCAGGGAUGACAGGCUUCGAGUUACUCAAGAAAGUGAAGCAGGAGUCAUCAAAUCUGAAAGAGGUCCCUGUCGUGAUAAUGUCUUCAGAGAACAUUCCUACCCGCAUCAACAAAUGUUUAGCUAGUGGAGCUCAAAUGUUUAUGCAGAAGCCUCUGAAACUAUCGGAUGUUGAGAAACUUAAAUGUCAUCUCAUGAAGUGCAGAAGCUGACCAUGAGAGACUAUAAGUAGCCCUAACCAUAUUAUAACUAUUCCAUUAUUUGGUUCUUUAUUUGAUUAUGUUACAUGUUUUUUGUGUCUUCUGAAAAUCAAGUAAUGUUUUCAAAAUGUUUAUAGCAAUCAGCCAUCUUAAGCCCACACAAACACACACAAAAAAAACAAGUGUAAGGGAUAUAUAUAGAAAAUGAUUAUGGUUAUGAAGAUGGUGACUAUGUCUUCUCUCUUCAAACCCUAAGCAGCGAAUAAAUGGAUAACAAGAGAGGAAGAAGA